AUGGGUUGCAUGAGCUCAAAACCGGUUGACCCGGCAGAGAAGGAUGCGGUGCAGCGCAGCGCCAGGAUAGAAAAGAUCUUGAAGACCGACAAGAAGACCAUGGACAGAACAAUCAAGAUUCUCCUACUUGGUGCCGGAGAAUCUGGAAAGUCCACCAUCAUUAAACAAAUGCGAAUCAUCCAUGCCGGAGGUUUCCCGGAAGAUGAACGCCGCCAGACUCGCGCAGUCAUCUACUCCAACAUUGUCAUUGCAUUCAAGGUCUUGUUGGACAUUAUGCGCGCAGAGAAUAUCGUUUUCGAGAAGGAGUCGACAAAGCCACUGGCCGAGCUGAUAGACAAAUCGGACCCCGACCUUCCUUCGGAUGAGGCGUUCACGGACCUCAAGGUCCGUGAUGCUAUGAGAGAGAUGUGGGACGAUUCGGGUGUACAAAAAGCUGUUGCCCGAGGACAUGAAUUUGCUCUAAACGAUAAUUUGCAUUACUUUUUCCAUUCACUCGAUAGGAUAUUUGCGACAGGGUGGCUUCCGGACAAUCAGGAUAUGCUUCAGGCUCGUCUGCGGACAACAGGUAUUACGGAAACCCUGUUUGAGCUUGGACAGAUGAACUUCCGAAUGAUGGAUGUUGGUGGACAACGGUCAGAGCGAAAGAAGUGGAUUCACUGCUUCGAGGGUGUCCAAUGUCUUCUUUUCAUGGUGGCACUAUCUGGUUACGACCAGUGUUUGGUUGAGGAUCAAAACGCCAACCAAAUGCACGAAGCAAUGAUGCUCUUCGAGUCCCUGGUCAACGGCGAGUGGUUCAAACGCAAGCCGAUCAUUCUGUUCCUGAACAAGAUCGAUCUUUUCAAGGGGAAACUCGCCGUUUCGCCUGUCUCCAAGCACUUCCCAGAUUACAGCGGUUCCGAUACAGAUUUUGACGCUGCUGCAAGAUAUUUCGCCGACCGAUUCCGUGGCAUCAACCGAAUACCAGAUCGCGAAAUCUACAUCCACUAUACUAAUGCCACAGACACCACCUUGCUUAAGGCGACCAUGGACUCGGUCCAAGACAUGAUCAUCCAGAAGAACCUGCAUACAUUAAUACUAUAA